GUAAGGUCUUUCCGAUAUCAACAGUCAGGUUGAAUAACAUGUACCAAAUGAAGAGAAGAAUCAAUAUGGUGAUUGAAGAACGACCUUAAAACACAUUAAUGGAUUCCAUUGUUGAAUAAGAGUUGAUAAAAAAUAUUAUCAGAUUGAUAUGGAAAAUGAAUUUACAAUUUUCCUCCAAUCAAUUUUCUCACAGUCAAACACAAAUAUUGGCAAACUGUUCUUUCAAAGAAAAAGAUUCUUGAAAAAAUUUUGCAAUUUAAAAGAAAACAAUUACAAUUUGUCAACUAUUAUAAAUCUUGAUUGAUGUUGAGGUUCACAUGAUCGAUUCUUUAGCACCGGAAAUCACUGAUUGACAAAAUCUACCCUCACAAGUCUAGAAAAAUAAAUUCAAAAAUGAUGAUCUAAGGAGCAUUUGAAUGUAAAAACCGUUAAAAAGGUUUAUCAUAUCAGAAGACAAAGAAAAUGAACGCUGACUAGUAAGACAAUUUUUCCACUCUUUAUUUUUCAACUAUCUUUUAGCAAAGCAGUGAGCUAAUACUUUCAACAGUAAAAUUUAAUCGCCUUGUUUAUGCUAAACGACCAUUAAAAUUUUUAAUUAAAAUUUACUAAAUCACUUGUGUUGACAACAAAUUAUCAUUGGUUAACGUGUUCGGAUUAUUUGUAAUGGAUUAACUGGUUUAUUUUUGGUGAAAAACAUUGGAAAAAUCAAGGAUUCAGGUUACUCUGAAAUUUUGGGUUGUUUCCUGGAUUAUUUAAAGAUUAUAGUAUGGCUAACUUUUCCAAUUUGGUUUCUGUUAAAAGGGAUAUCUAUCGUAAAUCGAAACAAGAUUCAAAAGAAAGUGAGGAUAACAAACAUACCUUGGUAAUCUCUUCCUCACCACCUCCUAUUGUUUAUGGCAAAGAUAAAUCAUGUGUUACACAAUCAACAAACCUUCAUACUUAUAUCAUCCUGUUAUGCUAUCUUGGCGCUUUGAUUCAAGGAGCUACAAUCUUUAGUAAAUAUCUUAAAUAUCCGACGACGAAUACAGUUUACAUCGAGCGUCCAUCAGAAACUGAGCUACCUUCUAUCUCAUUAUGCUUCUUCUAUUCUUUGGAUGAAUUUCAGAAUGUCACAGUUAUAGAUGGUGUCGAACAUUAUCCUUUAAAGCUGUCCGAGAUUAAUGAGCGUUUACCUAAGAUUGAAGAUUGGAUUCUCGAUUGUAAGGUUCUUAACAAUAACAGCUAUCAAUAUGAACCUUGUCUAAAUUUAUGGAACUAUUAUGUUGAAUAUUUGUCGCUUUAUUCCAAGUGCUAUUCUUAUUUUGAAAGUUUGAUGCCACAGAUCUAUUAUAAAAGUCAAUUCGUCAUGGGAAAAUGGAUGAUGGAGGUGAAAUUUAACAUUUCAGUUAUAAAAAGCAAACGUAUCGGUAUUUAUAUCACGCACACUUAUGCUGAACUAGAAGAGUCUCUUGGCAAUCCAAGUUUUCUGCAAUUUGAUACAGUUGAAAACAAUCAAGCUGGUGUAACAUUCCAAAAUACAGUAGUUGAGCGUCUUCCGCCUCCAUACAAUACGAGUUGCCGUUACUAUGAACAUGAACCCUGUAACCACCCUAAAACCUGCACGAGGCAUUGUGUUAUGAAUAUGUCUUAUGACAAUUAUCAUUCAUGGUUUUCUCGGAGUUAUGUAAAACUGCGACCCGAGUUCAUGGAUGGUCACUUUACUAAUCGCUCAGAAAAAGAAAUGUUCAAAAAUUGCUCAGAAACAUAUUCUGAACAACCAUGCCACGACUACUAUUACCUAGCAAUUUUAACUAGUGCGUUCAAAUCAGAGAUACUAGAAAAUGAUACAUUCCAACUGUCUAUGGCAUACCCAAUAGCACCUAAAACUCAAGUAGUUUUUCAACCUGCGUCAAAACUCAUGGAUACUCUGUGUUUGUUUGGUGGCCAGUUUUACCUGUGGACCAGUAUUUCACUACUUUGUGUGAUAAGUUUAUUAUCAUGGAAAUUUAAGAAAUUUUUCAAGAAUGUAUCGAAUGACGUGAUGCUAAAGAGAAAUAGUAAAUUGAGUCACAAUCUCAAAACUUGUAUUUCCAACACUCAGCUAAGACCUAAAGUUUCUGUCAUUUCAAAGGCCGCAGAAGAUGACGCAAAAUUUAAAACAGUUAGACUCAAUAAAUUUACAUCACAUGGUUUAUCGACACUGAUGCCACCAGAAGGAUAGCUCUGAAAAAUUAUGUCUUCAUUUGAAUUGUGGGAAUCAUUAGUGGUUAACACAACCGCUAUCCUGAUUAUCAUGGAAGUGAAUCUCAACAUCUUAAUCAUUUAUACUGGUUCACUUCCCAUAGAAUAGUCAAUUAGAUAAUGCUAGAUAAUCAUGUAGCUUGGACAAUUCCCCUUGAUGAAGCUUCGGAUAAUGAAUCAUUGGUUUCGUUGAUUCACCUCAUAAUUGUUGGUACAGUUAACUAGAGCACGGGCAUUGGAUCGAGUUUAUUUUUGUUCAACAAUUUCCAAAUUUUAUUCACGGCUAUUAGAGCUCAUGAAUAAUGUUAAUUUAAUAGACAGUAAUCAAAUUUUGGACUAACACAGAUUUUGAAACAAACAUCUGAAAGAGCAUAAAUUUUAAAUUUGCAAUAAAACAUUGUUAAUUUGAA